CUCAGGCCUCGGUUGCUUUGGUCGAGCGCUCACCUCGAUUGGUCGAGCCUGAACCGUCAUGGCUGCGCCCAUGUAACUUAGCGCCACCGCAGCUGGGUCAGUGGCGGCGCCGGCCCGCGGGGUUAGGAGUCACCAUGCUGCGGGCGGCGUGGCGCUCGCUAGGCUCCGUUCGUGCUCAUGCAGUGGCACAGGCUCCAGUGUCUGCGCUGCGGGGCGGAGGAAGCGCCAGUCUGGCCUUAGCACGCUGCGGCCUGCAGCCUCCGAGUCUCCUGCAGGCCGUCCGCGCAUACGCCAUCCAGAAACCAGUCCAGCCCAACCAAGAUGAUGAGCCACCCCCUUCCACAUUCAUCAAAGAAUACAAGGACAUCAUCCCCAGAAUGGAGAAGGUUGAUGAUGUUGUGAAAAGAAUCUUGUCUUUAGAAAUGGCCAACAAGAAAGAGAGGUUGAAAAUCAAACAAGAACAAUGGAUGAACAAGAUUUCAGAAAACCCUGAGGAUUCCAGAACCUUGGAGGCUCGAGUUGUUGCCUUGACUGUCAAGAUCCGCAGUUAUGAAGAACAUAUGCAGAAACAUCGAAAGGACAAAGCCCACAAACGCCAUCUGCUGAUGAGCAUCGACCAAAGGAAAAAGAUGCUCAAACUCCUCCGGCAGACCAACUAUGAUGUCUUCGAGAAGGCGUGCAGAGAGCUGGGGGUGGAAUAUACCUUACCCCCUCUGCACUUCCAGAAGGUCCACCGCCGCAUCCUUGCCAAGAAGGCCCUGUGCACUCGGGUUUUCCAGGAGGUGCAGAAGCGGAAGAAGCAAAGAAGGGCCUUAAAAGCUGCUGCAGUGGCUGCCAAAAAACAAAACAGCCAGGGGGUGCCGGAGAAGCCUUCCCAAACCCUACAAGAGGUGACCAAAGAAAACUAAUAAAGUCCGUUCUGCUUGGAGAGUGA